ACGUUGUAAAAAGUUAAUCCUGUGAGGUCCCAGAGUUAAAUACGUGGACACCUAUCAUUCAGUGUCUCAUUCUUUCCCCUUCAGAAAGAAAGAACUUGCUCUGCUCUCUCUUUGCUUUGCUGCUUCUCCCUAUAAUCUCUCUGCAAACUUGUUCAGCAAGAAACCACUUUAGAAUCAGCAUAAAGUUGGGUUAUUUCAAGCUUCUGAUUCCAGGACGACAACAACAACAACAACAACAAAAAGAAGUGAUUGAUUUGUGAUGGAAGAUAAAUAUAGUCUAGGCAGGCAGCAUAGUGGGAUAUGGAAGUCCUUGAGAGAUGGAGACUUUGAUGAAGAAGAAGUUUGGGACGUUUUCAAGAACAGAAGUAGUGAUUAUGGUACUUCUGGGGUUAGCAAGUUCAAAGACAAAGAUCAAUCCUCUUCUGUUCCUGUUCCUGCUAGGCCUAGUUCAGCCAGAAUGAUCCCAAGAUCUAGCAAUAGCAGCAGUGCUAGUUCCUCCAAUGAAGAUACGGUUCUUCAGCAAUCAGCACCUGUCAACAUUCCUGACUGGUCAAAGAUUUAUAGGACUAAACUCCCCAAGAACAGUGCUAAUUCAAGGUUUGAUGGUGAUGGUGUUGCUAACUAUGGUGGGGGUAGUGAUGAGGAUGGAGAGGAAAAUGAUGAGAGUGAUUCCAAGCUUCCUCCACAUGAGUUUAUUGCCCGAAGGCUUGAAAGGAGUCAGAUAUCCUCAUUUUCUGUUUUAGAAGGUGCUGGGAGAACCCUCAAAGGUAGGGAUCUUAGCAAAGUGAGGAAUGCUGUACUCUCAAAAACUGGUUUCCUCGAAUCACUAUAAAGAGGUCUCUUGAGUAGUGAUGUAGCUUUAUGGUAAAACAUAAUCAAUUAAUUUUUCAUGGUGAAGGUAAAAACAACAAAUAGUUGUUUCUACUUUUUUAUGGUAUCACCUGAUUUUAUGGGGUAGAAUUGAUUCUUAUGUGCCAUCCAAACAUGAUAGUAGCUCUUUUACAUUUGGGAUGUAUAGUAGGGUUUGUAGUUAGAGGUUAUUUAGGAAUGGAUGUUGUGUUCAUAUGCUUGGGGUAUAAAAGAAUUGUUUAGUAGCCAUGUUCAUUCUCCUUCUGUUAUAUCAAAUUGUUUGUGGCAAUCAUAACUGAUUUCAUUCUCCUUCUGUUAUAUCAAA